UAAACACGAAAAAUAGCAGACGAUAUCACAAUGAAGACUUGACAAUUGACUGUCAUUGACAACCACUAAACAAUAUGGCGGACGACACAUUGUUAGAAAAGUGCACAGGUUCUAACACGUAAGUAGGAGAUUAACGGUCGAUCAAAAAUGGACGAAGAUAUACAUAAUCAUCAUCGCUUAUAAUCUCAAACUAUUUGGACAGCCACCAACUAUGACUAACAAGAGUUACAGCGCCAAAAAGCCACGUCUGCGAAGUGUGGAUUUAUCAUUCGACGACCACGCUGAAGGACAACCAAAGGAAUAUGGAAGUCGAUCACACAGUGGUCAAAACGGUAGUAAGAAAUACCCUUUAAGUAUUCAUUCAUUUGAGAAAGAUGGUGAAUAUCAGAAGAAGUUAGCUGAGGACAUAGACAGACUUUUUAAGGAAGAGAUUCUAUUGGUUCAUGGCUCCCCAACGUGGGUAGAAGAAGUCCAUAAAGAAUCGACGAAUAGUGGAGAAUCGCCAUUAUUUUUACACAGAUUGCUCUCUCCUUGCAAGUCUGCUCAAAGUAAUCAGAAUAAAAUAAAACGCGCAGCUUCCGCCAAUGCAACAAGAACGAUAACUAGUGAAACGGGAUUAUAUUACCGUCCUAAUCGUACUCAUCAAUAUCUCUCUCAAACUGAGCUUAGAGACCAAUCUUUAGAUGAUGUUAAUCUCAAAUAUGGACGACCUACUAGAACAACAUUGUUACGGGCUAGACAAAGGGGAAACACUCCGCCAGUUAAUGCCUAUGAGGAGAGAAAGGAACAAAUGAAACGUGCUGAUGAAUUGAAAAGUUCAAGUAUAUUAUCAUCGGUAAAGGAAUCUUAUAGAAACGAUGGCGAAUCUCUUCAUUCAUUUUUAACCGGCGCACGUUAUAACGGAGCACAUUGUGUUGACAUAAGAAGUCUGUCAUUAUACGGUAUUUACAUGCCUCGUACCGAUCCAACAAGGUAUUUUAUAAACAAAGCUUCGAGUUUUAAGGAAAGUCCUUCGGGGCCACCAGAUUCGCCAAGAUCAGACCGUGGAGUUAGAAUGAAUACACCUUUCCAGCGUCGACCAAUGACCGCACCAGGAUACGGUAAAAGAAUGUCAACGCCAACGCAGAGAAAGCCUUACCAGGCAUGGACAGACACUGAUGAAAUGGAAGAAUUGGCAAUAGAAGACGACAGUGUUGAUCACAAUGAAAGUACAACAAAUGAAUGCAGAAACACCCGCAAAGUUGCCGGAAUGGGAAGUAACAGAUUUUCUACAGGGCCCGGAUUACCAACUGUUCAAGGCAUAUCUGUCUGUAAAGUAGGAAGGCAACGUCUCCUUCGCGAGAAUUUCUCACCACCAGUUCCAGUCAUUGAAGCAACUCCUUCAAAAAGAGUAAAUGUGCAAGAUAAAGAAAUGGUCCCCAAUCAUCCACGUGAUACAAAAGCGCGACCCGUAUUAAUCGAUCGUUCGGUCAAAGCUCCUUCGGUUGAUACAGAAGGAAAUCUUGUUUAUCCAAAUAUCGUAAGCGAAGAGAUCAUUGAACAAGAAAACUGUGACGUCAUUUUGGAAAACCAAAAUUGUAAUGAAACCGAUCCAACUACUGCAGCUGAAAACGACGAAACUCUGGGCGUUAAUUGUUCGACUUCCGUAAAUAAUGAACCAUCGGAGUGUACCUUAAAGACAGUCAAUUCUUCUCCAGAUCUUUCACAAGUCAUAAACAUUCCUUCAGAAACCGGGGAUGAACAAUUUUUCAUUACAGAAAAGGGUAGUGACACCGAUAGAGGAGAUAAACAAAACAGUAUUAGCCCAAAAGAACAAUCUGGUAUCACUGAUGUGAUAAAAGUCACCAUAGAUAAGUCUUAAAAAAAUCAUAAUUUUAGCAUUGAUUCAAACAUAGGCGUGAAUUCCUUUCGGAAAAAUGUGAAAAUGUUUCUUGUAUGUCCAAUGCUUCUAAAAGUGCCAUUUUUAAAUCAAGUUUUUUUUUAUUUUUACCGUGUCUGUAGAUCUGCUGGCUUCUGGGUAUUGGGUAUAUUGUUUUAAUCUGAUUUCUCUUUUUAUCAUUAACUCUUCAGUGUUACCGCACUAGAACAGUAAGAGUGGGUUUAACGUGUUUGUGUACUGUGUAGCCAGAUAAAUGUUUUAAUUUAAGUGAUAACAACUUAUUAUUUGAACACAUGAUAAAUAAGCUUUUGUUUUGUCGAUUAUGCAUAAUAUACAAUUACUUUUGCUUGGCCAAUUUCCUAUUUUAGAAAUUACGCAUAUCAUUUGUAUUGAUUUUUAAUGUCAGUGUUAAUGACAGUUUUGAGAUUUAUUCUUAUGCAUAACAAAUUACAUUAAAGAUGUAUUUCUUUGACAGUCGCGAAACGAGUAAUAUAACCAUCGACUAGGGUAAAAUACAUUAUUGUUAUCAACACGAUUAUAGCUUAUGACAUACUUUAGGCGAAACUCGUACUAUAAUCUACCCAUUUGAUGUAGCGGUCAUUAAGUAGUACAUUGCAUGACGAUGAAUGGUUCAGAGCUGACGUUAUAGGGGCAGCGCCUGAGUUAAUACACUCACUGAGAAAGCAGGGCCCUAGGGCCAGACACAUUGGUUUGCACUCUGUCAAAAAUGACUUUUUAAUUUAUUGUGGCAAUUUUAUAAUCUGGGUCAUAUAGACAUCACACUUUCAAAUACAAAUAAUUAUUAUUGAUAAGAUGUUGCUGAAAGAUUAUGUGGGAUGCACAUAAAAGAUCAGUUGGAAUUUGACAUACGAGUAGGCCAUAGUUCCGCUGUCCGAGCAAAAUUUCCCUCAUAGCACACUGUAAGUAAGGAGUAUGCCCGUCUUCAUUUUUUCAGUAGAAUAAUCAUAUUACAUCCUGUAGCUCGUUAUUUGAUAAUUAGGUGUGUAUUUUGAUAUUUUAAUUAUGAUAUUAAUGAUUAACUUUAUGUAUGAAUAUAUUUUGGAUUGCCUUCUUCUUGUUACUACGACCUUCUAUGAAUAUAACAUUGGUAUAACUGUAAUGUUUAUGUGUGUAAUUAAUUGGUAAACUGUCAUUAUCCAGUAGCAGCGGAGGGAUAUUACAGUCGGGGCGGGGACAAAAAUUAUAUAACAUUCCCCUCUGAAUAUGCCUGCAACAUAAAUCAGGUAACAGGGAAAAGAAUGGCCCAUGGAGCUCAAUAUGACUAGCUUAGAAAUAUUAUCAAUAUGAAAUAUGAUUUCAAACCAAGCUGCUCCGUAAAAUUUUGGUAUGGGUAAUCAUCACUUCCAAAAUCUUUGGGAUGUCUUGUUAUAGUUUCAAAGUGAAUUUUGUCGGUGGCUAAAGGUUGAUAAGUCUACAGAAAGUGUUUUGAAUCUCAAUAAAUUCGCUCCAGUGCUUAUGUGUUGUAGGGUAAAUGUUUUAGAUUGAUAUAGGCAAAGUUGUGUUACCAACGUUAUCCAUCGUAUUCGAUGGUUUUAUUUAUCAGAACAAAAGGGUAAACAAUCAGAAUUGUAUAACUGAUAUUUAAUUAACUGUAUAAAUUUAUUAUAAAAUUGAAAUAAAGAAUAGUUCCGGUAUUUAUACACUG